AACAUGCCAAUUUACUUUACCAUACAGUUUGAAGAUGGCAGAGAGAGAGGCACUCACUGCAGAGCCAUGCAUAGGAAAACGAACGGUGAUAUCCCAAGGGGCCAAAGACAUCCUCAAGGGGUACUACGAGAAGGGAAUGAACCAUGUUGGCUCACCCCUGAUCAGUGAGGCCUCAACCAAAUUGCUGUUAAGCAAAAAUAUCAUAGAGAAUUGGAUCGGAAAUUACAGAAGGACCCUCCACUCCACCCAGUCAUCAUAUUCUCAAAAGCCAAAACUGCUGGUUCGAGAGUUGUCCGGAUACAACCUCUUCUGCAGAAACAUGAUGAAAAAGACCAGGGGUGAAAUUAAAGACCUGAGUGCCUGGUCCCGCUUGCCUGCAGAAGAGAAGGCACUCUAUAAUGAAGAGGCAGCUGCUCUUAAAGCUGAAAGAAGUGCAGAAGCCCUCAGUCCGGAGAUGAGGGAACUAAAGAUCUCAAGACAUCUCAAUCAAAUCAAGAAAGAGGUGACCAUGUUGGAGACGCUAGGGGUGGAAGUGGUCACCUUGGCGUUCAACCGCUUCAGCAUGGACCCAAACGUUAAAGUUCAGCAUAUUGCAAGCAGGAAGGCGGAAGCCUUUCUUAAUGAUGCCUCGAUCAGAGCAUUUGGGAUUUUCUUAGCUGACACGUCAUCUGCAGCCACUGCAGGAUCAUCUACAGAAAAAGAAAAAAAAGACUUGAUGAAGAAGGUGCAAGAACUCUUCAACAUGAAAUAUAACGAGGCAGGUGGGACUGGGAAACUUCCCUACAAGAAGGCGAUCGUGCAGGCUACUGGUCUUCCCCAAGGAAUGACAUUGCGAAAGCCCAACUUUUAUGGGAAAGACCAGCUCAAGGCAAUCCUGGAAAAUGCACACCAGAUUUCGCUUCAAAUAAGAAAAGAGUUGGAUCCAGAAGGCCUGUCACCCUCUCCAGGUCGUCCUCAGACAAGCCUUCCAGUCAUCCCGGUUCUCCAUACAUCCGGCCAGCUCGCCGGUGCUUUGUCCUCCCAAUCCCUUACACAAGGUCCAGAAAGCCAGUCACCCCAAUCCCUUACACAAGUGAAGAAAAAGAAAAAAGGAGGAAGUAGGAAACGGAAGGCUGUAGUGGAGCUAUCUCAAGUUGAAGAUGACGCCAUUGUGAACGACCCUACCAAAAUAUUUAUGGCCAUGAUGGAAGAUGGUUCAGGCCCCAGCAGCCGACAGCCCCCAGAUGAUGAGAACAAUAAUUCUGACGAUGGUACAGAGGACGGGAGUCAACAGCACGCUGACGACACCAAGGAGGCUGUUGGAGGUGUGCCCUUUGAACCUUGUACAUGUGACACUUUUGAAGGCCUAUAA